AUGUCGUACUACGGGAGUGGCGGCGGCGGCGGGUAUGGAGGGGGAGGGGGGCGGGGCUAUGGAGGUGGCCGGGGGGGCGGGGGAGGCCCGCGGGGCGGAGGCAUGGGCAUGUAUGGGGGGGGGGGCAUGGAUCGCAACCCUCGCGACAGGAAUGGCAUGUCUGGGUCGGCGAGAGGCGGUGCGGAGCAUUUGGCGCGGAUCCACGGUACAGAGGAAGACAAGGUGAACUGCCCGUUCUUCUACAAGAUCGGCGCUUGCCGCCACGGAGACCGGUGCUCGCGGCAGCACCACAAGCCGCCCUUCAGCCAGACCAUCCUGGUGCAGAACCUCUACCAGAACCCGGUGUCGGCGGUGAUGGCCGCAGGGGGUGACCCCUCCCAACUUCCCAAAGAUCAUGUCCAGGACGAUUUCGAGGAUUUUUUCGAGGAGGUUUACCAGGAGCUCAGCAAGUUCGGAGAAAUUUCCGAGAUGAAUGUUUGCGACAAUCUCGGAGACCACCUCAUCGGCAACGUUUACGUUAAGUUCCUUGACGAAGAAGACGCCGAUUCUGCUCUCAAGGGCCUCAUGGGAAGGUGGUACGCCAGUCGGCCCAUCAUGUGCGAGUUCAGUCCGGUGACAGACUUCCGGGAGGCACGCUGCCGGCAGUUCGACGAGGGCACGUGCAACAGGGGAGGGCAGUGUAACUUCAUGCACGUGAAGCCGGUCCCCCGCUUGGUCAUGUCCUACCUGGAGAAGCUCCUUCGCAAGAAGAAGGGAGGCGGCGGGGGUAACGACGACGACGACGGCGGGGAACGCCGCAGCAGCAGAAAGCGGUCCCGCUCCCGCAGCAGGGACAGAGACAGGAAAAAGCGGAGCCGGUCUCGCGAGCGGCGGAGCAGCAGGCGCAGCCGCAGCCGCGAGCGCGACCGCCACGAAAGGAGGAGCCACCGCGACAGGGAUAGGGACAGGGAUAGGAGCGGGAGGGACAGGGACAGCAAGAAGGACAGGAAGGACAAGGACAAAGACAAGGACAAAGACAAGGACAAAGACAGGAGCGAGCGCAAGCGGCGCCACUACACGGAAGCUCCGGCAACCGAAGAAGGAAGCAACGACAAGGAAAAGGCCGCGAAGAGCGAUGCCGACGACAAGAAGGAGGAACAGAAGAAGGACGAGGACGGUUGUUGCGCUAAGCCGUCGUGCCCCGGCGGCGGGGGCACCGCGGAAGACAAGGACAACGGCGACGGGGUUGGGGGAGAACAGAACAGUGCCGGAGAGGAGGCCAACGGCGGCGGCGGCGGCGGCGGCAUCGAUCUCGUGCCGGCCGCGGACAGCGACGGCGAUGAAGAUGACAAGAAGGAGGAAGGGGCCGGAGGAAAGGUUGUUAUGUUUUUUGGGGGAUGGGGGACUAGAGUAAUGGUAUGCUAGUGUGGGGGAGAGUAUCGAGAACAUGGGGAACGGAGAGAGAGGUGUGCACCUCUUGGCACACGUCGAUGCAACGUAACACGCACAAUUGUCUAUCCGGUGUAGGGAGAGCGUUUUUUGCUCUUCUCUCUCCGCCCGUAAGUUUCAGCUGUGUUACAUAUUGUUCUUGCCGUGCAUGGGCGUGGUCUCCAAAACCAGGCCAAUUGCUUUGCUAGGUACCGGACGUUCGGGGCGUUUCGGGCGCUCUCUCUUUCUUUGAUUUCGUCGGUCCUUCAGCUUGGCACUGACUGCUGUCUGCUGUUGUUGGAGGAGGAAAUUGAUGGGUGUAAAGUCGGUACGUACAAAUGUAGUAGAUAUAUUUCUGCUGUAAGAGGAUCGACGGAAGGAAGGUUGAUUGUUUUUCAUGUCUUUUUUUUUUUUUCUUCGAAUGUUGUGACUCAAAGUAUCAAAGUAUGCAUACCAAGUAUCGGUAGAAUACAAACAAACGCAACGAUAAUUCCAUGAAUAGAGGCGGUGUUGAUGGGUAAGAUUAAUAGUGCAAGAGGUGGGUAAUGGUACGUACGGCAGAUACUAGUAUGCAUGCAUAUGCAUGUAUGCAUACCACGUGGGGAGGCAUUGCUGUACAUGUAUGCCCUGCUGUUGGAAGGACUCGCGGCCGUAUGAUGAGUGUCCAUUCACUCCUCCUACACACAUGUAGCCUUUCGCAUGGAGGAUCGCCUCCCAUUGGCGCCAUCAAUCGCAGCCUUGUUUGACGACGGCGGUGGCAGUAGACUAGGUGGUGUUCUUUCGGGAAUUAUUUUGGAUUCGAAAACGGCGAUUACUGCUGAAAAAAAUAUUCUGCGAAUACAAGCUCCAUCAACAAUUUGCGCUCGACGUGCGAGUGAUUUCACACAUCUCUUCUCGAUUUCGAGAAUGCUUUUCAGCACUCACCAGUAACUUAGUAUAUUCU